AAAGAAUACUCUCCUCGGUCCAACUGUCGCCAGAGAAAUAGAAAACAUGUUAGCAGUCACACAGCAUCUAUGUAUUCAGAAAUACAAUCGGAGCGGCCUGAUAUUGGGAAUAUCAUGACUCAUCCUGAUUAUCUUGAUGGAAACCCUGAUCUUAUCAAACCUAAAAAGCUGCUCAAUCCUGUAAGAGCCUCAAAAAGCCACCAAGAACUUCACCGGGAACUACUUAUGAAUCACAGAAGAGGAGUUGAGAGUAAACCAGAACUGCAAAGAGUCCUGGAACAUCGCCGACGAAACCAGCUGUUGAAACAGAGGAAAGAAGAAGAUGAGGCAAAGAAAUUAAAAUCUCCAUUUGAACAGGAGCUCUUGAAAAGGCAACAGAAACUUGAUGAGCUGGAAAGGGAAGAUGAGAAGCAAGAAGAGAAUGCACCAGAAUUUAUUAAAGUCAAAGAAAAUCUGAGGAGAACAUCUACGCUACCUGGGGCAGAGUAAAGCAUCAGCUAAAACCAAAAUAGAUUAAGACCUUCUGCUUUGAAUACCUACAUGCUGACAUUUUGGUAAACAGUGGACAUUCAAAGUUUUGUCUCGGGGGCUACUUACUGUACAUUAAUGCUUGCUCCAAUUUUUUUUUAAAAAAAAAAUGGGGCAUUUUCACAUCUGGGAAAAGAAGAACACCCAAACAAGGUGGCUUUUCGUUCACAAGGGUCCUCAGAUACGAAAAAGACAGGGAAGGUAAUAGAGACCUCACCUUCCUUUCAAGUACUGAGAUAAUACGGUGCCCUUUCCCAUCACUAACCCUUGGCUAAUCCUUUGAGAUUCAGCAGGACAGGCGCACGUGUGCAAUGGGGGAUGUUGUCUGAAGAGAAAUUACUAAACAUCUGGAAUUCAGAUGUUUAUACAGCAGAGCAGUUCUGUUGCUGGUGUUGAAAUCUUCAGUUUAGCUAAAUUAAUGCUUGAAGGAGCAAGUUGGGAAACUAAAAAGUGGGGUAAAAAGAGAAGUUGCAAUCAAUAAGGAAAGUACUAGCUAAGAUUUAGAGCAUACCAACCUUAGGCUGGCAUCUUAGGUGCUGUAUCCCAUCAACAAUAACCAGUAAAAAUAUGUGUGUUUCUUUGUUAUUGGGAUUUCAGCAGAUAUGAAAUGAUGUUUAAGAUUCUUGUCACAAAUUAACACCCAUGAUAGUUAUAUAGUCAAGUUUACUAUGACAAACAGAUUCUGAGUUAUUUCCAAAUAGUGGGAUUGUCAACCAGUCUUUCAGCAUUUAGUUCUGGGAUCCAGAAUGAGAAGCAGUAAUAAGAUACUUUCUGGAAAGGAUCCUUAAGAGCUGCAGAGAAAGCAGGAGAAGGUAUAGUCCUCUGAAUGUGUAAAAAAAAAAAAAACUAUGAGAGCGACACAAAAAGCAUACAUCUAUGUGUAUGUCUCACAAAAGCAAGUGACAAAUCCACACAAAAAAUGGAUUUGCGAGGGAAACAGCAAAGAAUUCUAGGGAGAAAGUCAAAGAACAAUAGCAGAUGCAGAGUCAUCUGAAUUUUACACAAACAACAUAUUAAAGUAAGAUCCUUUUUAAAAAAAUAUAUAUAUAAUAAAAUUGAAGAUUAUUUAUAGACUUUAGCUACAUGAAGUCUAUUCCUCCCAGGUGCCCUUCCCUGUUUUUAAAAUCCUGAACAUGCAUACUAUACAGAUAUUUACUGUAAUACAGACUGUUUUAGAUGGAUUUUAAAAUAUAUGAUAACAGGAAGGCAAACAAGGUGAGUUGCCAACCCCUCUUCAGUUCUGUUUUCUGGAGGUGGAGUCAAGAAUAGGUCACAUGUCUAUCCAAAGGAGAACCACUCGUUUUUGGUUUCAGAAGGAUAGCUGUGUUUUUUAAACCAAAAACAAGAGACUUCUUCUAAAAACUUCUUAAAAGCCUUUGUUAUUCGUUUAUUAUUCAUUUAGUCUUGAACCGAAGAUAACCAAAAGCCACAAUAUGUUUUUUUUUCUUAGUUUCACAAUUUAUAUUACAGAUUAUGGUCAGCUUUUCUGGUAGGGUGGACCCUCUGAGAUGCAGAAGACCACCAGGGAAGGACCAGCCAAAAUAAUACAUAACACAUACUAUCUAUAUGUAUCAUCUAGAAUUCAUAUAUGACUUGAUUGUAACCACAAUUUAUUUUUUUUGGGGGGAGAGCUUAUUAAUAAAGAGCAGUUGUAUAUUU